AUUUUAUGGCAUAAGAACGACUUUAGUUCCAGAGAUCCUUUGGAUGGGUUCUAUAGUUUACCUAAAGGACAUUUUGAUGAAGAUUCCUUAUCCGUAGUGAAAGAUCCAGCCGGAGGCAAUGGUAAUGUCAUGAAGAUUUUCAUCGAAAAAGGCCACUACAUCAAAAUAAGGGGACACCGGGGAGCACAAUUUUAUACAAAUCUUGUCUCCCCAAUGGAUUCGAUGACAUUGAGUUAUGACGUCUAUUUUGAAAAAGGUAUGGACUUUGUCAUCGGAGGUAAAUUACCAGGUAUGUAUGGUGGAGCCACAAAUUGUACUGGUGGACGUCACUCUGAUGCCUGUUUGACUACCAGAUUUAUGUGGAGACAAGCUGGAGAAGGAGAACUUUAUGCCUACAUGCCACCCCCGGAAGAUCAAGUUAAAAAUUUCUGUGACAGCAAUAAUAUUAUUUGUGAUCCAGUUUAUGGUAUAUCUGUUGGCAAUGGAACAUGGUCCUUUAAGACUGGACGAUGGGAAAACAUCGCACAGCAUAUACAUCUCAACAAACCCGGUCAUAAAGACGGUUACGCUAUCAUCUGGUAUAAUGGAAAGAAGGUUUACGAAAUUCACAACGUCAACUUCCGUAAUCACGACAACAUCAAAAUGCAGGGACUUUUCUUCUCGGUUUUCUUUGGCGGUGGUCAACCGAUAUGGGCUCCUACUGGUGAUUCAAAUAUCUACUUUAAGAACUUCAUACUGUCUUCACACGAAAAUGAGCCUCCACACUUAGUGGGUUAA